AUCCAAAUAGUUCUGUUGGUGGCAAUUAUAGUUGUUGGCCGGUAAUGUUGGCUAUUUAUAACUUUCCACUGAAAUUGUGCAUAAAAAGGAAAUUUAUUAUGCUGACGAUGUUGAUAUCUGGUCCUAAACAGCCCGGAAACGAUAUAGAUGUUUAUUUGGCCCCUCUUAUAGAGGAUCUACAGAAAUUAUGGGAUGAAGGUGUGGAAGUUUAUGAUGCCUACAAGGAGGAGAACUUCAAUCUCAAAGCUGUACUUCUUUGGACGAUCAGUGACUUCCCCGCAUAUGCUAAUCUUUCGGGUUGCCCUAAAGGAGGAUAUAAUGCUUGUCCAAUUUGUGCUGAAUGUACUUCUUCCAUCAGGCUCAAAUACUCCGGGAAAAAUGUUUAUCAAAGUCAUAGGAAAUUUCUUCCCAGAAAACACAAGUUUAGAUUGGAUAAAAAGGCUUUUCAUGGUCAGCAAGAGUUAGGUACAGCUCCAAAACCUUACGACGGUGAAGAAGUUCUUAGGCAGGUUGAAGGCAUUCAGAACGUAUGGGGUAAGACAACGAAAUCUAAACCCGUCUAUUGGAAGAAGAAGUCAAUUUUCUUUGAACUAGCAUACUGGAAGUACCUUCUUGUCCGACAUUGUCUAGAUUUCAUGCACACGGAGAAAAACAUAGGAGAGAGUAUUGUUGGGACGUUACUAAACGUACCUAAGAAAACAAAAGAUGGUUAUAAUGCUCGAAAAGACCUUGAGGAUUUAGGAAUGAGGCCUGAAUUGACACCUAAAGAGAAUGGAAAAAAGGCGUACCUUCCACCGGCAUGUUUCACAUUGACAAAGGAGGAAAAGAUUAAGCUCUGUAAAACAUUGUCUGAAUUGAAGGUCCCAGAAGGUUACUAUUCGAAUUUUAAAAACCGGGUAUCGAUGACAGAUUUAAAGUUGUACGGUCUAAAAUCGCAUGACUAUCACAUGCUUAUGCAGCAAUUUCUUCCGUUAGCUAUAAGGUCCAUUUUGCCUGAGCAUGUGAGAAAUGCUAUAAUCAGGUUAUGUUUUUUUUUCAAGGAAAUCUGCUGCACUGAGGUUGAUGUCAUGCGCCUGACUCAAAUACAAGAGGACUUGGUUGUUACCUUAUGCUUAUUGGAACAAUAUUUUCUCCCGUCUUUUUUUGACAUCAUGGUUCAUUUAACUGUCCAUUUGGUUCGGGAAGUUCAAUUAUGUGGGCCGGUUUGCUUCCGAUGGAUGUAUCCUUUUGAAAGGUUUAUGAAGGUUUCGAAAGGCUAUGUUCGAAAUCGGAACCGUAUAGAAGGUUCCAUAGCUGAGGGUUAUAUUGCAGAAGAGGCGGUUGAGUUUUGCACUGAGUACUUCAAAAAUGUUGUAACUAUUGGUAUUCCUAUUGUUGGUACUGCAACAACGACCGAAAAUUUUGGUGGCACGAGCCUUCUUUCUGACGGGAAGAUAUUAUCAAAGAGCACAUUUGCUGAUCUUGAUGUUAAUGGACCAGUGAUGCGGCAGGCACACCAAACCAUACUAAAUAACACAGAAGUCGUGGAACCCUACUUUGAGUUACACAUGUCUUAUUUGAAGGAAAAAUUUCCACAUGAAACAGAAAAAUGGCUGGAGAAACAGCAUUGUCAAACAUUCCAAGAUUGGUUACAUGAAAAAGUUGAAGAAGAACGAAAGGAUCCUGAUAAUAUUAUAUCUGAAGAAUUGAGAUGGAUAGCAUCUGGACUAAGUAGCCAAAUACUGACAUAUGAAGGAUUCAAAGUAAAUGGAUGCCAAUAUCACACAAAGGCUCGAGAUGAUAGAAGAGUUACCCAAAACAGUGGAGUAUGCUUAAUGGACACAGAAGACAACAGUUACUACGGUGUGAUCAAGGAGAUAUGGGUUCUUGAUUAUCAAAUGAUAAGGGUACCCUUGUUCAAGUGUAACUGGGUGCAAAAUCGGGCAAUAAAGAUAGAUAAACUGGGAUUCAGACGAGUUGAACUUGAGAGGUUAGGUCAUAAAGCUGACCCCUUCAUUAUGGCUUCCCAAGCGAAACAAGUUUUCUAUGUACAAGACCAAAGUUAUUCUAAUUGUUCGAUUGUCAUAUCAACACGGGAAAGAGAUAUAGAUGAAUGUGAGGUGGAAGAGUCACUUGCCUUAGAGGGUAAUCCCAGUUUUGAAAAUGUUGUUCCUGAGGAGGGUUCCUUCGACAUAGGUGAUGAUUCUCAAUAUGCUUACAUGCGUGAUAACAAUGACGGUAUAUGGAUUGAAGACAUCUCCAAGGAACAAAAGAAAACACACGUGCAAGAUGACAACCCGAUAGACGAGGAUGAAUCAUCGGAUGAUGACAGUUCCAUGGACGAAGGUUACAGUUCAAUGGAAAUUGAAGCAGAUGAUGAUGACUGAAUUUUUAAAGCAUAUAUGUUUUCUCCCUCCAGAACAUACUUGAUUUUCUUUGCCUGCUUUUUUUUUUUUUAA